CUGUUUCAACGGAAGCUGGACCAACUCCGGCAUCGGCAGUACCAAACUCUUCGCAGAAUGGCGAGGUGGCACGGGAAUGGAGAGGCCAAAGCGAUCGGCGUGGUCCUCGUCCUUGCAGCGAUCCUCGAUGCUUCGUCGGCCGGAUUUCCAGAGCACCGCGCCAUCGACGUUAGCUACAAUGGCUACCAAAAUUUCCAGCCGGUGGUUUCACACCAUCGUCCGAUAGUUGUCGAGGAACCGCGAAAAAAAAGCGAGCAGGACUUCAGCAAGAUUCCCGGGAUUCCCGGUGUGGAUUAUCCCAUCUUUCACAAGGUUCCUCCGACCAGUUUUUCAUGCGCCCACGUUCCGUACGCACCUGGAAUGUACGCUAAUGUUGAAACAGGCUGCCAGGCAUAUCACGUCUGUCACGAUGGAAGAGAGGGACACCAGGGUGCCUCAUUCCUUUGCACGAAUGGAACCCUGUUCAACCAGCAUGAAUUUGCCUGCGAUUGGUGGUACAACGUUAAUUGCGCGGACGCACCUUCUCUGUACAGCCUGAAUUUGGAUCCAACGAAAAACCCGUUCGUCCCGAAAAAGAAACCGGAAGAGGAAUCGCAACCGCAUCAGGAUAAGUUCAAGAUCGCAAUUUUUUAAACAGUUUAACAAAACAGAUAUUGAAAAAUCGUGAACAAGACGAUCAACAUUUUAUCGAUAUUUACGAAACUUGGCAACUGUUUAAUACGACGCGUUUAAAAUUGACAAAUGGCUAGCAAACCGGACAAAGAUUUUGCGAAACAAGAUAUCGAUAUUUUUUUCUUCUUUCUAACAUGAGGUGAAAGGUAUUUUUUAUACUAACCCUCGCUUCGUCUUAAAUCGUGCAAAAAUCUGCCCGUGUAUUUUUAUUUAUUUAUUUAUUUGUUUUUUUUUUUAAAUUCUUUCUCUUCUGCAAAGUUACCGAACUUUUUGUGCAAUAAUUUGCACUUUCGGAUGAAACGAGACCGGCUUUGAAACUAUUAUUCAUUCGCUUGGUUUAUAAAAUAUUACCAUCGCAUAAAUCAUUCCAAUUAUUCAUGCAUUAUUUAUAUGGCAACCCUGAACAUUUGUCUUUAAGUGUAUGUAAUUAGAAAUACGUAUUGAUAAGUAUCGAUUGUGAGGCUACGUAAUGCUAUAUAUUAUUACACAUAUACAUAACUAUAUACACCCAUAACUCGUAAGCGUAUAAUUUUAUAAUGUAGGCUGAUUUCAGCAAACUCGUGUAAAAUCGGUGGACCGAAUCUCUUUGCUCUCAAAUUUCCACCACUCGUAUUUAAUAUAUAACGUAUAUGAUACAUUAUUCAGAAAGUCACCGUUUUCACCGAUAUUCCUGAAACAGUCGUACGUACGUACUGCAGUUAUCAUAUUUUAUGUACAGAUUUAAUAUAUUUACCCAGGCUAUAUUUAUUGUCACGAUAUUAUCAUAGAUCAUUUACAAUUUGUAAAAAAAGAUAAGCGUAUUAAUGUUACUUUUGAUAUCGUAUAAUCGCGAUGAAUAAAAUCUUUAUCGU